UGUCCUUCCUUUCUUGCACCAAUUCACUCAUGUACCGAAGCUCUAAUUUAGUUUCGGUGUUCAGAUUUCACCAAAAGUUUUCUUCCAUUUUUUCUUCUCCUUUCCCACAGAAGAAUCUUCGUUUCUUGUUUUGCAUUUUUCAAACACGAACAUUUGCCCAGCCAUCAAACGGCAAAUCAUUCACGAAUCCUGGGCGCCGUACCUUUGUACCUCCUUCAGCUUCCACAUUACUUCGAUUCAAACCAAAGUUCGUCCGAAGCUAUACCUCUGAGGCUGCAAUGGCUACGGACAGAGACGUUCUCCCGGGCAAUGUCAAGCCUGUCAACUAUGAUAUCUCGCUUUAUGAUUUAGAGCUUGGUGGGGGUUUCAGCUAUCAAGGAACCGUUACCAUUCUCUCUAAAAUCACCAAGACAUCCAAGGAGAUCACUUUGAAUGCCCAUCAAUUGAAGAUCCACAGCGCGGAAGUUGCUCUGGAGCAUACAAAGACUCAGCAAACCUUCAAGACUACCGACAUCUCCUACGAUGCUCCUAGACAGCGUGCUACGCUGUCCUUUGCGGAGGAUCUACCAACCUCUGAGAAGGCAUCUUUGGUUAUCAAGUUUGAAGGUACUAUUAACAACAAUAUGGCAGGAUUUUAUCGAUCGAAGUACAAGCCGGCUGUCACUCCAGCUCCAUCUGUUCCCAAGGAUGGUGAUAACCACGUGAUGUUCUCGACACAAUUCGAGAGCUGUGACGCUCGUCGAGCUUUCCCUUGUUUCGACGAGCCAAAUCUCAAGGCAACAUUUGACUUCGAAAUUGAAUUACCAGAAGAUCAAGUGGCAUUGAGCAAUAUGCCCGAGAAGAAAAUCAAGAAGAGCAAGGAUGGCUUCAAGGUGGUUUCCUUUGACAGAACACCUAUCAUGAGUACCUACCUCCUCGCAUGGGCUGUUGGAGACUUCGAAUAUAUUGAAGACUUUACGAAACGCAAAUAUGGAGGCAAGAACUUACCAGUCCGUGUUUAUACGACGAGAGGCUUGAAGCACCAAGGUCAAUAUGCACUUGAUCAUGCUCCCCAAAUUGUCGACUACUUCUCAGAUAUCUUCGGGAUCGAGUAUCCUCUCCCAAAGUGUGAUCUACUUGCUGUUCAUGAAUUCUCUCACGGCGCGAUGGAAAAUUGGGGUCUGAUUACCUACCGAACCACUGCUGUUCUGUUCGAUGAGAAGGCCUCGGAUACUAAAUUCAAGAAUCGAAUCGCGUAUGUUGUUGCUCACGAAUUGGCUCACCAAUGGUUCGGUAACCUCGUGACGAUGGACUGGUGGAAUGAGCUCUGGCUCAAUGAGGGCUUCGCUACCUGGGUGGGAUGGCUAGCUACCGAUAAGAUCCAUCCGGACUGGCAUGUCUGGCCACAAUUUGUCUCUGAGGGCAUGCAAACUGCUUUCACUCUAGACUCGCUGCGAAGCUCUCACCCUAUUGAAGUUCCGGUCAAGGAUGCUCUUGAUGUCGACCAGAUUUUCGAUUCUAUCAGUUACCUCAAGGGCAGCUCCGUUAUUCGCAUGUUGGCUGGCCAUCUUGGACAGGACACGUUCUUGAGAGGUGUUGGCGAUUAUCUCAAAGCCCAUGCUUAUGGGAACGCAAAAACUACUGAUCUUUGGAGCGCUCUCAGCAAAGCUUCGGGACAAGAUGUUCCAGCACUGAUGGAUCCUUGGAUCCAAAAGAUGGGCUUUCCUGUUCUCACCGUUGGUGAGGAGCUAGGUCAGAUUGGUGUAAAGCAAUCCAGGUAUCUUUCUACAGGUGAUGUCAAGCCUGAAGAUGAUACCACAACUUGGUGGGUUCCUCUUGGGUUCGAAGGCAAAUCCGGAUCUAAAGAAGUUGCCUCGAUCGCUCUUUUGAAGAAGGAAGACAUCGUUCGCGAGGUUGAUGACUCCUAUUACAAGAUCAAUAAGGAGAACUCUGGAUUCUACAGAACAAAUUACCCUCCAGCCAGACUCGCAAAGCUUGGUUCGCAGACUGAUCGUCUCACAAUCUCUGACAAGAUUGGCUUGGUGGGUGAUGCCGGAGCAUUAGCAAUGUCUGGAGAAGCAGCUACCCCUGGUCUACUUGCCUUUGUGGAGGGCUUCCAAUCUGAGACGAAUCAUCUCGUAUGGUCUCAAGUUCUUGGUUCACUUGCAACAGUCAAGUCUGUCUUUGCCGACGAUGCCGCCAUCUCAGAAGGAUUGAAAAACUUCACACUGAAGCUCAUCACACCUGCCGUUGAGAAAAUCGGGUGGGCGUCAUCUCCGAAUGAUGAUUUCCUGACUACACAAUUGCGCUCGCUGUUGCUUCUCACUGCAGGGCUGAACGGACAUGAGCAGACAAUUGCUGAAGCGAAACAACGAUUCGGAGGUUAUAAAGGUGGUAACACUGAUGCCAUUCAUCCAAGCUUACGGGGUGCAGUUUGGGGAAUCGCAAUUCGCAAUGGCGGGAAGGACGAGUUUGCAGCUCUGAAGAAGGAGUGGCAAACGACGACCUCGAUUGAUGGUAAAGAGAUUGCUCUCCGUGCUCUUGGUCGAAUCCAAGACGUCGAACUUCUACCAGACUACCUCAAACUCCUCUUCAACGAAGUUGCUGUCCAAGACAUGCACACUGGUGCCAUUGCUCUUGCCGUCAAUCCUCGAACCCGGCACGGACUCUGGAAAUAUAUUCAAGACAACUGGAUAUCCAUUCGAGAACAACUCAGCAAGAACAUGGUUGUGCUUGAUCGAUUUGUGAAAUGCUCGCUGAAUAAAUUCAACGACAAGCAGACUGAGAAGGGCAUUGCGAAGUUCUUUGAGGGCAAGGACAACCGAGGUUACGACCGUACUUUGAACGUUGUUAGUGAUACCAUUCUUGGCAGGGCUACGUACAAGGAGAGAGACGCGGCUGUGACCUUGGAGUGGCUGAAGGUUCAUGGUUAUGCUUGAGCAGGCCCCCUUCGAAAGGAAGCUUGCACUGUAAAUAAAUUCGCCCAGUUUAUCGAUGCUUCGAGCUCCAUAUUUAAUGCUGAUCAUGUUGACGAACGAGCUCGUUCCAAGGCUUCGAUGCAAAUUCUAGGGUUGGUGUGCCCUUCAUCGAGAUGUUCUGUCCGUUCAGCCUUGCGAUAUUCGACGAAUCGACAUUGGAUCACAGAAUUGAGAUGUUAUCAUUCAUG